AUGCCGUCUUUCAGGCUGCCAGCAUCACUUAGCAGCAGCAACAUCCCCAGCCUCGGCCGACUGCAUCGGUCCGUCGGUCGGUGUCAUGUCGCCCCACAGAGUCCAGUUGUGCGGGACAAAGGUGGCGAGAAGAGGGAGAGGAAGAGAGGGGGGCAUCAGGACGGACGGGCAUUGUAUACACACGUGCGCAUGUUAGUCGGGCAUUUGGAGACUUGCGCCAUGCCUCGAGUCCCGGACGCAUCUCUGCAGGGCGUCUCGAGACUACAGCUGCAGCCGACUCUUGGUACGUGA